AUGGCAUGUAAGGAGACCGCGGCGGUGUCCCUCAGCUCCUAUGGCCCAGACCCCAUUGCGACGACCUUCGCCGCUACUGACUGGGUACCGGGUAUCGGGGAACCCGAGAUGCCCGCGUACAGCGCAGCCUUCGACGCCGAUGUCUCGGUGAAGAGGCACGCUGCUUGUGAUGAAUGCAGAAAACGCAAACUGAAGUGCUCCGGCGAACCCAACGGGUGUGAACGAUGUCGCAAGCAACACUUGACAUGUCACUAUUCUGUGCAGAAGCAGAUGGGUCGGCCACGCAAGAGGCAGAAACUCGACUACAACACUGAUGACUCUGUCAAUUCUAUGGGUGCCGGUUAUGCAGGGCCGAUGACUAGUGGACAGACAAGUCAGGAUGCCCCUCGAGAGAACACAUACCUUUUCAAUGCGUCCAAUCCGUCAACAUCUCACAUCAACCAACAGUCUGGCAAGCAGACCAGAGGGCCAUAUGCACAUGGUGUACCACCUCCAGGAGAUGGCGGCAGCCGGCAUACAGUCAGGGGCUCGACUAGUACUUCGCCAUAUGACGAGCCUCGAACCCCGCCAACCGACCCGGCGUUGGCAGGAAUGGUACCCGAGUUGAACGCCCCUUACCCCACCGAUGUGUCGUUAUGGCCUGAUUUUGCGGACAUGAGCCUCUUAGCAAUGCCCGCGCAUGACAGCCAUGGAAAGGAGGGGACGUAUUAUACCGCGGAUACGUCACUUCCAGCUACAGACGCGUCUGAGGGCAAUGGCGAGUCAGUCACCACUACCACGGCCGGUGACUACAGCUUCGAUCCCGACGCCGAUCCCAGUUCAUUGACACAGUUACCCGCCAUUCCCGACUGUCCCUGCCUGCCGAACCUAUAUCUCACGCUGUCGACACUAUCGACGCUUUCAGCCCUCCCCAUAUCGUCAGGGACAAUCGACACAUUGCUACGGGCCCACCGGACCGGCCGUGAAGUGAUCUACUGCGCCGUAUGUCCGCAAAAGUUUCAAUCUGGCUCGCAAAAUUUGAUGCUCAGUAGCACGCUGCUCACCGUGCUAGCUGACCAAUGGCAUCGAGUGAAGAAGGCGACGGCCAUAGACUUGAGAAAGGGGUUUGGCGCGCAACCGCAACAGACCUGGUCGUCUGCAGCAACAUCAUCUUCAGCAGCCUUGUCCUCGGCGGAAACCGAUGGUGGUAUUAUAUCGCUCCCGAACAAGCUUAUGUCUGUGAGAGAAGAUUUGGAGUGGCGCACAUUCGGCUACAAGCUGAUCCGGGCCUACGUCUUUGGCGAUGCCCCGGUCCCAACGCCACCAGAUUUGCAGACAAGUGGUCGCAGUGGUAGUGGCAGUAACAGCAACACUACUCCCGCCCUGGCCAGCAGUCUAGCCUCAACCCCUUUGGCAGUGGCUGAUGCCGCAGCAGCAGAGCCUAUCUAUACACUCAGCGAUCUGUGCAACGCGCUCGAGAGACGGCAGAGACAAUGGCACGGCCUGCUGCCCGGGUGCCACGAGUUUCCCGCCCGCCUGACGGACGACUUGACCAGGGGACAUAGUGCCGGAAUGACCCUGGAAGAUAUAAAGCGGUGUGAAGACGAGACCAAUGCCUCGGGCGAUGGCUGGUUGUGCCUCAAAAUCGCGCGGCACACAAAGUCCGUCAUGAGCAGCCUGGACAGCCCACCGCCGCGGUUGAUCACGUCCGUAGGUGCCUAA